UCAGCGCCUUCUAGUGCCCUUUUCUCCUCCAGGCUCCGCCCAUCGGCGAGAUGAGUACAAGUGUCUGGAGCAACGCCGAGACUCAGGGCAUCUUCUUCAACCUUACCAUGUCUUACCACCGUCUUAGCGAUGUGGUUUGGCAAAGUGGUGACCUCGUGCCCUUGACCUCUUCCCCGGGGUCUCACAGCGAACCCCGAAACCUCUUUAACACCACGGACGAAACCUUCCUGCAGUAUAAAGACUACAUGCUUGGGUAUGACCGUGGGAUUAAGAUGUUGGACAAUAGGCCUCGAAUGCGGUCCGAGCACUCAAAGAGCAACGAUUCAACCUUAAAUGGCUAUUUCGGUCAUUCUAAUGGGACUGAAGGUAAGCCUAAGAAACAAUACGACCCUCCUGGCGAUCGCCUUGACAAGAAAGACGCGAUAAACGCAACAGAGGAUAGAAAUAGCUCGGGAGCAGAGUCAGAAGACUUGCCGUGGCACGCAUUUUUCACUCAGGAGGAAAUUGCCAAGGCGAGCCGUACGAAACUCGCGGCGUGGAUGGCUAGUCACUGCCCAACGGACUCGCGCAGGGAGAACUUGGUGGCGGCCCUCCAGAAGCACAUCAGCGUCACGACCAUCGGCAAGUGUGGAGAGCUUUCAUGCGGGAGGAAUCACAUGGACACAUAUUGCUACCGGUGGCUGGCUUCGUCGCACCUCUUUUACCUCUCUUUUGAAAACGCCCUUUGCGACGACUACGUCACGGAGAAGCUGUGGCGUCCUCUGGAGCACGGAAUGGUGCCCGUCGUCUACGGUGGCGCCAGAUACGAGGACUUCCUCCCCUUCGGCUCCUUCAUCAACGCGUCGAAGUUCAAGAGCGCCAUGCACCUCGCCAAAUACCUCGUUUACCUGGGCAACCACCCCACGGCUUACCUGAGGCACCUGCAGUGGCGGCGGUUCUGGCGAGUGCGCUGGCCCACGCCUUGGUGUCACCUCUGCUCCCGCCUCCACCAGCAGCAGUCCGCGCCCAGCAUCGUCACGCUCGACUCCUGGUGGAACUCAACCGCCACGUGUUACAGUCCCACCAUGUGGUGACGGGGCAUUUGUCGGUGUUCUUCUACGUUACGUUAUGUUCAUGUAUUGCUGAGCUCGAUGUUGACGUUAUGCCAUGAUAUUCUCGCCAUUAUAUCAUCACACGUGCCAUAUAUCUACAUUGUAAAUAACAAACAUGCAUUGUACCAUACCAUCAAAUACAAAUGGAAUCUCAUAA